AUGUACCAAAAUUCGUGGUGGAGUUUUUCUUUUAUUAAACCAAGCGUAUCCAAAGAUUCUAAAGAUAACAUCCAUCCUGUCGUCGAAGUAUCUGAAGAUAACAUCCACCUUGUCGCCGAAGUAUCUGAAGAUAAUAUUCUUUCUGUCGCCGAAGUAUCUGAAGUUAACCAAUAUCAGAUAAUGUCGAGUGACGACAGUUCUCCAAAUACAGGCAAAAAUUCUUUGAUAAAAGAUGCAAAUAUCGAAAAGAAGCGGAGACGUAAGAUUAGAAAACUAAUAUAUUCUAGCUCUCAAGAAGAGAUAAUAUUAAACUCUGAUUCGGACAUGGUUUACACUGAAAAACGUACUGUAUACAUGAUACGAAAAAAUUCUGACGAAAAAUCAACACCUUCAAAUCGGAAUUCUUGGUGGUUAUUCGGAUAUGGAGGCGAGAAAACUGCUGAAAGUGUUGACCAAGUUACAUCAUCCGAUACCAUAAAUAUUAAAUAUGAGGAACGUAUGUCAGAAACCCUUAAAAUAAAUAUCGUUGACAAUCCCUCAAAUCUGACUGAACAGAUUACUAAAUAUGAUACCAGCGGUUUAAAAAAUUCAACAACGAAUGAUGUGUCAUCUGCUUCGGAGAGAAGGAAUUCUCCCUCUUUAGAGAGAAUAAAAAAACCUUCAUCUGAAACAAAACGACGGUCUUUACUCGGUACUUGGUUAUAUUCUACAUCUGACCUGUCGGAAAAUACAGGUGAAAAUGAAGAUAUUAAAGCAUCUGACGUUACUCCGUCGACUCAAACAAUCCCUAAAUCAGCAUCAUCCCCUGAUUUAUCGACUUCACCCGUUUCUAAUUUAACGACAUCAUCAGUAUCUAAUUCGAAACAAUCAACCAUUCCUAACUUACCUUCAAAAGUCGAUCAUUCAACAUCCAUCCCUAUAAAUAAUACUCCUCCUCCUUCAUCACAAGGUUCCACUAAAAGCUACACAUCUAGUCCAUCACCAUCAUUAUAUUCUUCAAGUAAAAAUCCCGUCUCAAAUCAACGUUUAAAUAUCAAGAACCCUCCAAAUCCAUUAGUUCAAACUUUACCUGAAAAUAGGUCUUCUUGGUUGCAUUUUUUUGCGAGUGGGCCUCCUGCUCGUUCAGGAAUCUCUAAAAUAAAGCAGAAACCUGACGUUAAAUUAAUCUCUGAUGUUGAGUCUGGUUCACCAGGCGAAACUCCGGAAAUGACUGUUAUUAAUAAUACAACUUUAAAUGAGCUAGAUAAGAAAGUUCCUACUUCUAAUUCUUCGCCUAAACUUAAACCUUCAACUGUUAAACCCGUACCUGUCAGCAUUGUUCUACCAAAAUUUGAUGAGUCUGCUAUAAACACACCAUUGAGACAUCCUGAUUCUCCUGUCCAAAAGGCGCUUCAUACAAUAAAUUCUUAUUUCUUUCCACCUGACAAACCGCGUGAUGGUACCUUAAAUAAGUGGUUAGAUGAGAUUACAAGAUCAACUAUUGAUGUCAAACGAAUUGCUAUAAUUGGUGUUCAUGGAUGGUUUCCUGCAAGAUAUAUAAGAGCUAUUGUAGGUGAACCUACUGGUACUUCUCCAAAGUUUUGUGAUAUGAUGUCUAAAGCCGUGUUAGAUUAUUUAUCACAAUACAAUAUUUCUUUACCAAAUGAUGCGAUUACUUGCAUACCACUUGAAGGUGAAGGCACUAUUGAAACGCGAGAAGCAUUAUUACAUAAAAAUUUAUUAUAUAACAAGACUUGGUGUGAAGCAUUGGCCUUGGCUGAUGUUAUAUUUAUUGCAACUCAUUCUCAAGGUACCCCUGUUAGCACAAUUCUUCUUUCUAGACUUAUCAAGGAACAUCUUGUGAACCCUAGAAAACAACGUAUAUGUAUGUUAGCUAUGGCUGGAAUUUCUCACGGUCCAUUUCCUUAUUUAAUGGAUCAUUAUAUAAUAAAAUAUUUUGUUGGCGCCGGAAGAAAUCCUGAUGUAGAUGCGUCGAGAGAACUUUUUGAAUUUAUGGACUCGGAAAGUACUGUUGCUAAAAAAUAUCGUGAAGCUCUUAAUGUUGUGACCCAAAAUGGGGUAAAAUUAGUUUACGUUGCUUCUAUGGACGAUCAAGUAGUUCCGUUAUAUUCCGGGAUAUUUGUCGGAAUAGAUCAUCCAUCGAUAAUACGUGCAAUUUAUGUUGAUGGUCCAUUAUAUCAAGAAAAUGAUUUCUUGAUAAAUCUAAUUAUAUUUGCUAUAAAAUUACGAAAUGCUGGUAUAUCGGAUCAUGGAUUGAUUACUCAAUUAAGUGAGGUUAUUGUUGGUUCGUUGUAUGGCGAGGGUCAUUCAACUUUGUAUAAUGAAAUUGAUGUUUACACAUUUGCGGUACGGUAUCUUUUUGAAGCACCAUCAGUGAAGACAAGCCAAGUAAACCUUAAAAAAUUCCAAGCACAACAAAAGAAUAAUCCAUAUUAUUUGCCUUGGUCAGUUCGCGGUAUUUUAGAAGACCAAAGUGUUACAAAAAAUCCCUAUUUUGCAAACGAAGUUAACAAAUUAAAGAAAUUAUAUGAAGAUUGGGACCCUUCUUCAAAGGCAUUAAAGGAAUUAAAGUUCCGUUUAGAACCAUUUCGUGACAUUCUUCUAGGAAAAUGGAAGUUUUAG